AUGCACUUCGCUGCCCUCGCCCUCACCCUGCUCCCCUUGGCCGCGGCCAUCGACAACCGCUUCUUCCUCAACAGCAACGAUUGCAUUGGCGCUUUUGCCUCCUGUCCAGACAUCAACCCGGGAAUAUGCUGCACGACCGGGGCCGUGACCUAUGGCUCCGUGUCCUUCGAGCCGAUCCCCUCGAACUGGAACAUCUGGACGCAUUCCUUCGAUGGUGGCGGCUGUGGGCGACGCCUCGCCAGGGUCCAGUCCAACCACAACACCGCCGUCUGCCAUGGCGGAGGCCGUUUCACGGGCCUUAGCUACGACUUUGUCAACAGGAAACGCCGGGUAGCCGCGGCCCUGCGGGAUGUUGGAGACGAGGAUUGUGUGCGAGCCAAUAACUUGGUCCUCGCGGACGGCGCGGUGUACGAUCUGGACGGUGUUGAGGACACAGUCUAUGCCGAGAUGUCAGUGCUUAGCCGCCUUUUCGUGAAGAUCACCCAAGAGCGCUGCUCAUCCUCUGCAAUUUGGAGCCCAUCUGCCACAAAUUCCUCUAAUUCUACUGAUACCCAUGGAAACCAAAUGCUGACCAACCUGUGUCUUUCCUAUAGUAUUGAGGUGGUUGGAACCAAUAAUGUCACCGCCCCUGAAUUGGAGAGCGAGUUUGGCAGCGCUCUGUUCGAGAGAAAGAGAUGA